CCUCCUCCCACUGCCCCGGGGGCCGGCGGCCCGCGGCCCCGCUCGCCGCCGCCCCACGGCGAGGCAACUACCUUCACGUCGCCGGGGCCUGGCGGGGGCUCGAGCGGAGCCGGCCGGGUCGCGGCGCCGCUCGGUGGAGGACGGGGCCGUUGUCCCCGCCCGCUCCCAGCCUUCCCCGCUCCUCGCCAGGCAGGCCGGGAGGCGGGCCCACGGAGCCUCGCCGGUGGGUGGCGACCGCCGGGAAGCGCCAGGUCGGCCCACCGGAUUGCUCCGGCCUUGAGAGUUGAAGGCAUUGUGAGGUGAGGGAAUAGGCAAUGAAGUAUCUACCCAUUUCUAACUGUCUGACUCAGCUUGGUCUAUCAGGAUAUUGCAUGCUCUUUGAACAGUGUGAUGCCAUAGAGAUCCAAAAAUGAUAGCUGCAGGAAAAUUUUCAAGUCUUCCCAGAAAUGGCCCAGUGAACCACCAGUUCUCAUUAGCUUCUUCCAUGGACCUUUUGACCACUAAACCUUCACCAACUGAGCAUCGCUCAAACUCCUUUCAAGACAUCUCUAUCCAUGGCACUCUCCCCAGGAAGAAGAAGGGGUCAGUUCCCACUAGGUCUUGUGAUAUGUUUAGCCACAUGGGAACAUUGCCAUACACCAGAACACACUGGCAGCAACCACCUUUUGUACAGGAUGUUAUAGAAGAGUACCCUCCACAAAAUGGGAAGAGCAGCAAACACCAUGCCAGAGAUCAGAAUGUUCUGGACCCUACUUUGGAAUAUGUUAAGUUCUCUAGGGAGAGGCAAGUUAUGGACAACAGCCCAGAAAAGCUGAAGAAGGAGUUAGAGGAAGAACUGCAGCUAAGUAGUGAAGAUUUGCGUAGCCAUGCCUGGUACCAUGGACGUAUUCCUCGGCAGGUGGCUGAAGGCCUAGUUCAGAGAGAUGGAGAUUUUCUGAUUAGGGAUUCUCUCUCCAGUCCUGGGAACUUUGUUCUUACCUGUCAGUGGAAAAACACUUCUCAGCAUUUUAAAAUCAACAGAACAGUUCUAAGACUCAAUGAAGCUUACUGCCGUGUUCAGUAUCAGUUUGAACUUGAAAGUUUCGACAGUAUCCCCGGCUUAGUUAGAUACUAUGUUGGGAAUCGCACACCAAUAUCAAAGCAGAGCGGAGCAAUCAUUUUUCAGCCUAUCAACAGGACUGUGCCUCUCAGGUGUCUAGAAGAAAAGUAUGGUGUAACUCCAGUCCGACAAAAAGAGAUAAGUAUUCCUGAAGGAAAACCAGAAACUGCAAAAAGGCUGAGUCUUGGUAUAUCCAGCAUGCAAUCCCUGGAGCAGAGUAUACCCAGAGGAAAUCUUCUGAGAAACAAAGAAAAAAGUGGUAGCCAGCCAGCUAGUUUGGAUCAUGUUCUGGAGAAAAGGUUCCCCUUAAAGGCUCACCAGUCAGAGAGCUAUCUGCUAAUAGGUUCAAGACACCCAUCUCGAUUACCUGAAGGAGAUGCAGACUCCUGCCCAAGCUCUCCUGCGUUUAGAACAGGAAGUGAACCUUCUCUAAGCCCCACAGUUGUUCAGAAAGUCAUCUCUGAGUCACAAGUAGGGGAAGCUCUUAGAGGAUCAGACAGCCAGCUCUGUCCAAAGCCCCCACCAAAACCCAGCAAAGCACCCCUCAUGAAGCCCCCAGAUUCUCCUUCGGUUUCCCAUAGGUCAGAAGGACACUACUGUGAACUAAGCCCUGCCAGAGAUCCUGCUGCAACAAAACAACAUUUGUGUCAGAAAAGCAGCUAUGUGGAACAUCUGUCACAAAAGGAGAGGGGAACCCACUCUUUCAGGAAUUCCGAAACAAACUAUUUGAUCCUGGAAGAUGACCCUACAAUGAACACUGCAAAUUCUUUAGAAGCUUCAACUGAGAUGGCUGAAGAAGACAGUAUCUUCUCUGCACCUGUUCUUGAGACGGUGUCUAGUUUUAAACCAAAUGAUUUUGAAUCCAGACUACUUCCUCCUGAAAAUAAGCCAUUGGAAAUGUCAAUGUUAAGAAGAGUUAAGGAGCUUUUCACCAACAACCAGCCAAAGAUUAUUGCACAGCAUAUUCUUAGAAUGGACUGCAAGGUGGUGAGGAUACUAGAUGUUUCUGAAGAGAUGAGGAGGAUUAUGGGUGUGAACUCUGGUCUUGAACUGAUUACUUUGCCUUACGGACAUCAACUGCGCCUUGACCUAAUUGAAAGGCACAAUACCAUGGCAAUUGGAAUAGCUGUGGAUAUCCUGGGUUGUACAGGAAAUCUAGAAGAUAGAGCAGCAACAUUAAACAGGAUCAUCCAAGUCGCAGUGGAGCUGAAAGACUCACUGGGAGAUUUGUAUGCAUUUUCUGCCAUUAUGAAAGCACUUGAAAUGCCACAGGUCACUAGGUUAGAACAAACCUGGACCUCUCUAAGACAUCAUUAUACCCAGACUGCCAUUAUGUAUGAAAAACAGCUGAAGCCAUUUAGCAAAGCUCUGCAUGAAGGACAAGAAGAGUGGAAUAAGACUCUCAGUGCUCCACAGAACAACGUGACAGUGCCACUGCUGAUGCCUCUCAUUACCUUGAUGGAACGACAGGCUGUUGUUUUUGAAGGCGUGGACCUGUGGGAAAGCAGUGACCAAAGCUGCGAAAUAAUGCUGAAGCACUUGGCCACAGCUCGUCAGAUAGCGCAGAAUGCAGAAAUGUACAGCUUGACUGCAGAACGGAUGCUGGAAGGUUUCCAGCCAGAUGAAGAGAUGAGUGAAAUCUUCAAGACAGAAUUUCAAAUGAGAUUGCUUUGGGGCAGCAAAGGAGCACAAGUUAAUCAAAAUGAAAGAUAUGAGAAAUUCAGCCAGAUUUUAACUGCACUUUCCCGAAAACUGGAACCUCCUCCUGUGAAACACGUGGAACAAUUAAGUAUAUAAGACGCUGUAAACACUGUUUUAAUGAUAUACUUGAAAUAACCUUAGCUUUCUUUUGGCAGUUGGAUACUGCAAACGUCUUGCUUAGUUCUUGUUUAGAACUUUUAGCUGCACAAUGCACACUUGUUUUAAAACUACUGAUUUCUACACCAAUUAUUUAUUUACUAUGUCACCGAGUCAUUUAAUAAUCCCUUUAAAUUUAGGUUAUCUCUGUAAGAUAGUUUUUCAGCUUCCUCUAUUUCCACAGAGUCGCAAUGUUUUGAUAAUGCCUAGAAGUGCAGGCAUUGGCAUCUUAAUACUAAAAUGAAGCAAAUAGUGUAAAUAAAACAAUAGAUUAAGUAUGUGACAUGGUAGAUAAUUUGUUGUAUAGUAUUUCUUUAAUGAAUAUAAAACACUGUACAUAGAAGUGUGAAUUAAAAUGUAUCUUUAUGCAAAAUAAUCUGCAUAGUUGCAAAUUGCAGAAACUGCAGGUUGCAGAAAUGAUUUCGUACCUGUGACCACAACAGAAGGCUCAAAUAUCACUGCACCUAUGAAAGUAGGAAAUAGUUGUACGUGUGUUGGGACAACUUCUUUUUUUCAAGACAGCAUCUGUAGUACUUUGGCUUAUGCUGAAGCAUGAAAAACAGCUAUGCUGCCAGGAAUGAAUAAUGAAAUGGCAAGAAAAAACAAUGCAGAUAAUUAAAAUGCUUUCAGCUAGGAGUAAAUGUGGGUGUACGUAUGUAUCGAGCUUGCUUCAUUUACUGAGGUGAAUCACUUGGGUAAGUAGUAUUUUUUUUUCCUUGGAUGAGGGGGCAAAGCAUAAGUUGUUAGCACUUUCCGUAGGAAAUCAGUGUGCAUGGUUUUUAUAUGAAGAGUGCUUUAGCAGCAAAUUCUACUUUGUCACAUACAGAAUUUGUGUAUAAGCAUUAUCCUCAGGAGUUGUAUAAAUACUGAGACAAGAACGAUGGUUAGAGCUGCAUAUGCUUGUUGUCACUGAGCCUAGUUCUGGCGUGAGAUGUUAGUUACAGCAUCUGAAAGUACUUGACUAGUCUAACAACACAACCCCCACCCAAAGGGCAUUUUCUGUUCUCCCCAUCUACGCUGAGAGCAGAGGUUCUAGCACCCUAAGGAGAGGUGGUGAGACACCUCAUGCUGGAAAAUCUCCCUGUCAAUCUUAACAGAAGACAAAGGGGGAAGCUAGCGAUUUAGACCAUGAAAAGAUUUUUUUUUUAUUCCAUGAAAAUAUUCUCAACAGAGAACACUAUUUUUAAACAAAGCAUUUAACAUUUAGGAAAUCAACAUGUGCACAAAAAAGGAUUAAAAAUUACUGGAAAAUGUAAGAUUCUUUAAGACAAGUCACGUUCAGAAUUUUAGAAUUAAGUGAUUUAUAACUAGCUGUGCAAGUACAAAUGUGUUUUUCCUAUGUUUAAUAACACUCAUACAAGUUGCACUAUCCCUCAUGAAAGCAACCUGCCUCCGAAGGAAGCAAAUCCUGGUUUUAAAAAACAAACAGUAGCAUGGAAGGAACAUUUAGUCCUUUACCAGGAAGUGUUAUUACUGACCUGCAAGGCUGUUAAGCCAGGCAAACUACAGGCCCUUUAGCAGAAAAUACACAGAUCACAUUUCCUCCUUUUCUCUAACUUCAAAAUAAAAAACCCACUAGUUUUAAAAAAACAAAACAAAAUGAAAAACCAACCAAAAA